GUUUUGAACUCGGAGACCAAUGACUGCUGAACUAUAAAAAUUGUUUAGUAGAUGUAUUGAAUCAAAAUCUGAAGAAAAAUGAGUGUUAAAAUGCAGCCGCCCCCUAGAAAGGGGAAAGUUACUACAGUUUUAAAGAAUGUCCACAGUGAACAGUUGAUGAAAUUGCAAUUGAAACACCAACAAGAUUCAGAUUUCUUGGAUGAUAUAAGAAAUUUCACGAAAAUGAGAGCUGUGAUUGAAAAGGAUUAUGCACAAGCAUUGCUCAAGCUUGCUACAGCUCAUUUACAAAAGAAAUCACCCGUUGUACUGGAUGGAAAAUCGGAGACGGGUGAAUCUUAUAAAACUGUUUAUGGCGUAUGGAAAACCAUGUUAGAUGAAACUGAAAAAAUAGCCAAAGCAAGAUUAGCUGCUGCAGAAGUCUAUCAACAACAAGUAUCAGAAAGUGCAAAAUCUUUAAGGCUACAUAAACUUGCAGUUGCUAAGAAGUGCUUUGAAAAUUUGAAAAAGAUGCAUGAAGAAAUUCAAACUUGUGUGACUGAAAUCGACAAGACAAAGAAAUUAUACUUUGAAGAAGAACAUAUGGCACAUGAAGCUAGAGAUAAAGCUCAUGAUGCUGAUGAAAAAUUAAAACGGAAAAAAGGGCGAAUUUUUCAGUCUAUAUCAUCUUUGCAAAAAAAUAGUGCUAAGUUCUCUUUUCGUCGGGAAGCAUGUGACAUUCAAGCAACUAAAGCUCGUAAUGAUUAUGUCUUAGCAUUGAUAGCUGCUAAUGCUCAUCAAUCAAAGUUUUAUGAAAUUGAUUUGCCUGAAUUGCUAUCAUAUACUGAUUGUGAUCUUUAUGAUAAAGUGAAGGAGUAUAUAUUAGUCAUUGCUCGUACUGAACUUCUGACUUGUGCUGCUUGUCAGUCUUCUUUUAGCAUUGUACAGGAACAAGCUGAUAUGGCCUCAAAGCAGCAUACCGUUGAAGGUUUCUUCCACGAAAAUCCUGUUCUAUCUCAAACUAUAUUAUAUGACUUUGAGCCUUGUGAUAAUGAUCAAAUAACUAAAUUGUCUAUUGAGCAUAAUGCUGCAUUAUGCCUGAGUAAAGAAGCACGAAGAUGGUCUAGCUGUGUUGCAAAAGAAGUCAGGGUUAUUCGAGAAAGCAAGCACGAAUUGAAGAAACUGUUAGCACAAAUUGGAGAUAAGCCUCCUUAUGCUCUACAAAGUGAUCAAAUUGGCCCCCAAGCUGAAUUGGAAGCAAGAAUUGAUGAACUUAGACAAAUAAUUAGAAGAGCUGAGACAAGUAAGAAAAAAGCUGAAGCACGACUGGAAGCAAUGAAAGAAGCUGGUGUCAAUGUUGAAGAAUGGGUCAGAACAUCAGAAACAGAAUCGAUUAGUACAUCUGAUUCUCCUGCUGAAAAUUUUAGCAGAUCAGGCACUGUAACGUCUAGAAGUAGUCGUCAAAGCUAUCAAUCUGAGCCAUUAGAAGGUAGCAUAGAGGUGAAUGAUGCAGCAUUUUAUGACAGUGAUUCUGCUGAGCCAGCUAAUACUUCAAUCGAAAUUGAAAAAGAAUCUGGGUAUAUGCCAGAUUUAACAUCCGCAAUUGAUGUGGUAGCUGCUGUGCAAGAAGCCUGGGAUGCUGCUGCAGAAACUGAAGAAUAUGAGGAACCAGAGCCGCCUCCUGCAGUCACCCAAGCAUCGGAGCCUCAGGAACCAAUUGUAAAUGGAGAAGUGCCUGCGCCAGCCUCUGGCCAAAGAUGUGUUGCCUUAUUUUCAUACCAGGCUACCAAUAGUGACGAACUUAGCUUUGUUGAACAAGAAGAACUUGAGUUAAUAAAUGAUGGAGAUGGUGAUGGAUGGGUCAUGGCUAGAAAUUAUCGAGGAGAAGAAGGCUACAUACCACAAAAUUAUGUUGAAGUUAUUGAAGUGCAACAUUCCGGAUCUUCGUCAAGACCACCUUUGACAUCGUUUUCAUCAGUAGAUUAUACUAUGCCAAAUGAGGACCAAGAAUAUGUUAAUUCUGAAGUACAGCAACUUACUGAUGAAAUUGCUGUUGGAGAAUCAGCUGCAGCUCCAUCUUUGGACAUUCAAAGGCCCACAGAAUUGCCAAGUGAAGAACGUGUAGCUGUGUGUCAAGCCUUAUAUGAUUAUGAAGCUACCUGUGAUGAAGAGCUGACUUUCUUUGAAGGACAAAUAAUAAAAAUUAUACGCAAAGUAGUGAGUGAUGUUGAUGAUGGUUGGUGGGAAGGAGAAUGUGAUGGCAAAAUUGGCCUUUUCCCUUCUUUGGUUGUGGAAGAAUUAAAAGAAAAUGGUGAACCACUGACUCCUCUAACACCUAUGACACCAACGGAUGCUCCUCCACCGCCUGCUGUAACACCACCUGAGCUUGAUUAUAUAAUGCCUCCAGCUCAAGUGAUCUUGACUCAACCUACCCCUGAAUUUGAGAAUCCUGAUGAACCUAAACCUCAAGCUAUUACUAUUAACAUGGAUGAAGAUUUUCAUGUAGAAUUAAAUAAAACACAACAUCACCAAUACCAAGAACAGUUUUCUACUUCAGAUACUGAAUCAAGUGAACAUGAGGCUGCUGUUGCUGAAGAUGCUGGAAAUUAUGCUCCUCUUGUUUCAAGUCCUGAUAGUCCAUCUAAAAUUGUAGACGCUAGUUUAAAAGAUGUUGCAUUAGAAGGAAUUGAUGAGGAAAUAGCAUCCAUAAACACUACUCCACAAAUUCCUGAUGAAUGUCCAACUGUGGUCGUAACUGCAAUAACUGGAGGCGAUACUCCUACGUCAGAUGAUGAUACUGAAAUCAAAGCUGAAGAAGAAGUCAAACCAAAAGAUGAUGAAAAACCUUCCAUUGAAGAAGAUAAAGCAACAGAACCUUCAGUGGAGGAAAAGAAUGAAGCUGAAAUUCCUGACCCUAAUCAUUUUGAAUGUAGUUUUCCAGAAACAGAUGAUGUCGAUAUGUUCCAACAAGUGCCAAGUAGUAUUCAAGAUGCUAGUGGUUCAGAGGCAGUGAAAAGUGAAAAUGGGAAGUCGGGAUUUUCAGACGUAGAACCAGUGAAAAUGGAAGUAAAUGGUGCUGAUAGCACAAAAAAUGGCUUUAGUAAUAAUUUUGAAACAACCGGUUAAUGUGUCAUGUAAUAAUCAUUGACAUAUUGUUUUGAGAAUUAGCCUGUUGACAGUUCGAUUUAUGUGUAAUAAUGUGAUUUGUUUGAAACUAAAAUAAUUUUUAUGAGUCAUAAAGCAUUUAUUCAAUUUAUCCAUCAUUUUGUAAAGUUAUCUUGAAAUUGUCAUUUUCAAUGGAUUGAAGAAAUAAAGUUCCUCAAAAUUGCUGCUUGAAAUAGAGGCAGUUCUCAUAUGCUUUUGUGUAAAAGAAAUUUUGUAAAGAUAAGUUGGUUAAACUUUUGGAGAGUGUAAUUAUUGUUAAUUUUAAAAGAGAAAAAAUAGGUUGAUAGUUUAGAGAAGACGAAUAUCAGUUAAGUUCUUAAUGUGUACUUAAUUUCAUAAUUUUUUUAACCCUUAUUUUGUUUAAAUAUGUUUGUACAAGGAUGUGGGAUUAAAAAAAGGUUCCGGUACUAGUUCAAUUAUUAUUAUAGAAAGGUUUCCAUGUUCUCCAACAUGGGCCAUCCUGUCAUCCGUAGCACUUACAGUACUGUAACCGACAUACUUUAACCACUACCGACAUCUUAAAAAAUGCAGUUGGACCUCCAUAUAUCGAAGUAGCAAAUUGCCGGAAAAAAAAUUCGAUAUAUAGAAAUUUCAAUAAAUAGAAACGAUCUUAUUUUAUCCUAAAAAUCUCCUCAAACAUUAAAAUUAAAGCUAAUUUUCGUGUAUGAAACCUAGUUUCUAAUUUAUACGAGCAUUAAAUGAAAGUUAAUAAAUAAAAAAAUAACAGAAAUUACAUUUUUGCGCCUUCAUACAUCUUCAUUCUUCGGCAAUUCAACUUGAUCCGCAACAUUAGGGGAUUUUCGUUUUGAGAAUGCAAUUGAGAGAAAAGUAAAAAAUCAAUCUACUUAACUUGAAUGAUUUUAACAGCAGCUAAAACGACUAGGAAUGAUAAUCAACAGACAAAAGAAAUAACUUGAAACUGAUUUGACAAUGUUACUGGUUACAACUAAGAUAAUAAGCUUAUUCAGGGAAUUUAAGAACUCCAGAACGAAACAAAGACCUAUCUAUACACAACCCUCAACCCCAGAUUCCUUAUGAGUUUCGUAGCAACCUUUAGUGAACAUAAUUUUCUCCCCUAACCUUUAUUUUUCAUGAGAUAAACACAGUCUAAAAUGGAAAAAAAAACCUACUAAUGUCUCGAAAAAAAAUCGAUAUAUAGAGAGUUUUUCGAUAUAUAGAAACAAUUUUUCUAUGUAAUGAACAUAGAAAUUUACUGGUAUUUCGAUAUAUAGAAAAUUUUGAUAUGUGGAAGUUCGAUAUAUGGAGGUUGGACUGUAUCUUUUACAAAUAUAGAUGUCAUAAAAUUUCAAGUAUCAGACUCAAAUUUCUCACUGAUUUCUUUGUGUUUUAAUUAAAUAAUUUGUUUUUUAAAAGUUUAUAAAUUUUUUCUUCCUAUUUACUUUAAAUUUGCUAAUUACUUUAAGUUGCUAAAUUUUAUACCCGCUUUUUUUUUGGUGAAAUUAUUUAACUAAAAGAGCAAAUGCCAAAAACCAUUUUUGACCAUAGAAAAGGAUUUAAAAUAACCCUAGCCCUCCCUACAUAUGUUUCUGGCUACAAAACUGUUUAACUAGAGAUUAAUGUUAAGCUUUGUGACUUAGGCAAGCAGUGAAAACUUGUAUUAUUAAUAAGAGUUUAAACACAUGUUGAAGGUAAAGAAAAAAUGUUUUUUCAUUAUAUUGAACAAAUUAUUUAAAAGCGAAAUAUUAAUUAUUACUUAAGUUAGAAUAAUUUUUUUUGUCAUUGUAAUAAUAUUCCUUUGUAAAUAACCUCAAAUUAUCUUUAUCGAUUGACUUUAUCAAUUUCAUAAGAAGUGUGUAAGAUGAAACUUCUAGUGUAAGUAUUAAUUGCCAUCAAUUAUAUCAUUUGUAGUAGAAAUAAACUAUGUAAUUGUGAUGAUUAUCUAAAAGCUGUAAUUAAUGGCAAUUAUACUAUUAAUGCUGGUUACAAUGUGGCAUUUGCAGUUGCACAUGUGGUUAUCUUCCUAGACAAAACGAAGUUAUGGCAUUUUUUUGAAAGCAAAAUGUAAAGAAAUAGUGCACAUUGAUAUUAUAAAACGGACUAAGAAAGAGCUAUUAAUGUCAUGUUUAAGAGUAGGACUAAUGAAUAAGUAUCUUGUUGUUGUGCCGAGAAUGAUUGAGUUGAUGUAUGUGUGUAUGCUUCCAUAGCAAAACUCAUUGAUAUGACCAAAGUAGAAUCAUUCUAUUUUGUCACACAUUAAAAGUUUCAUGUUCGAAAAUAAGUUCAUUACUCAAACUGUGUUCAUAUUUUAGGUUAUAAUUUUAUAAUGUGUUGUGUAUAUUGUAGUUGAAAUUCCAGUUAUUGUAUAUAUUAUAGUAUAAUAAAAAAAGUUUCUUGUUUGA